UUUCACACAUGUAUCGCCUUUAGAACACAGUUUUUGUGUGAAAUUUCUUAGCUUUAAUGACAUUUUUCAUUGAAUUGAAAAACUUCAAUCAGAAUUGUUUUUGAAGGCUAUUUUUAACUUUUAAACUGGUGAAAAUUUUCUAGUAAUUUUUUAUUUCAAGUUAAGCGCGGGAAAAUAUUAGUAAUGUCUGUGUUGUUUUGGUGUUUGUGCUUUCUGCUAGAAGACGACUGCUAUCAGAUAUCAUCUGUUUCAUAAUUACUUUGUUUGAAAAUGGUGAAAUACUUGCAGUUGACUGCAAUAGUAGUUCACUCGUACAGUUAGAUCACGUGAUAGUGGUGCAGUGUCAGUUGGCAGAGUGUAGAACAUUUGCGAUGGGCGAUCCGAUGUAUUCAAACGAGUUCAGUCCGGUGGAUUCAGGCUUCAUGUCGGUGAAGUCGGAGCCGAUCGCGAUGGAUUCGUCAUCAAUGAGUGCUUCAGCCAGUAUGCCGAUACCUGUGCGCAAUCGAGGAGUCGCCAACGACAUGGUCGACUUCAGUCUGGACUGCGAGAUAUCGAACACAUCCUUCCAGGAUUUGGGGGUUGGUCCACCCUCGCUCUAUUCGAGCAACUCACUGUGGGGCACUCGAUUAACCGAGAACGAACUGGAGAUCAAAUUGGAUAAGAUGGAGGAUGACGAUAUUUUUAAAGUGGAUAAGGCGGAUCUGAUUCAGGGACCGACCUUGGCCGAGUUGAAUGCGAACGAUGAGACGUUGUUGGAGGAUUUGAAUUUUGAUGAUUUGUUGUUGCCGAACGAGAGGAGUUGUCUGUUGAACGCUGUGGCGGUGGUAGCAGGUAGCAGGUUGAGUCCUACGGGGGGGACGACAUCGUCCUCGUUUCCGCCCGACGGGGGGGUGAGUUGGAGGGACAGUUUCGGCGCUUCGUCAAGUGUGCCAUCGAGUCCGUUGGAGGUGGCGAAGGGAGGGUUCCAGUCGACCGUGUCGCCCGCCAGUCACCACAGUUCGAGCUCGUCGCUCCCCAUCCACUCGGCAACCUCGUCCACUACCCCGCCGCCACUCGGAGUGAGUCCUCUGCAGCAGCGUCACAGCACUCUGCAUGAGCUGCUACUGAAGAGCUCAGUCUCCCCGUUGGGCCAAUCCAUGCCGGGGCCCACAAGCCCGUUGGCUUCGUCUGUGUCUCCGUUGCUUGCGGCACGGAACAGUCGGUACUCGCCGGCCGCCUCUCGCCUCUCCUCGUCUGCGCCCACCCAUCUCAGCCUCGACCACAUCUGGCAGCGGCGCGAGCCCAGGCCGCAUCUCCUGUCGACCAGCUCCCUCGCCGAGGCGGGCUCUACGUCGUCACUCUCCACUGGUCAGUCGAUUUCAAUUCACUCGAAAUAUUAAUUUAUACAUUAAUAC